CAGCUGUAGGCUCUCGCUCCUCCCUCUCGUCGCUCCCGGAGUCCAGGCCCCGCCUGUUUCUCUCCCCCAGGGCCUCCUCCGUCCGCUCCCGUCCCUUGCGCCUUUGCUACUUCUGCUGAAGGCGGAGGCUCCAUGUUGUCCCCUCAGCGAACGGCAGCGGCGUCGUCGAGAGGAGCAGGUGAUGCCAUGGAAAGUGGACAACCUGGUCCAGUGCAGGUUGUUUUGGUUCACAAAGAGCAACAUUCCUUUGAGCUAGAAGAGAGAGCCUUGGCCAGCAUCCUCCUGCAGGACCACAUCCGAGAUCUUGAUGUGGUGGUAGUAUCAGUGGCUGGUGCCUUUAGAAAGGGCAAAUCCUUCAUUCUGGACUUUAUGCUACGAUACCUGUAUUCUCAGAAAGAAGGUGGUCAUUCAAAUUGGUUGGGUGACCCAGAAGAACCACUGACAGGAUUUUCAUGGCGAGGAGGCUCUGACCCAGAAACCACUGGGAUUCAGAUUUGGAGUGAAGUUUUCACAGUGGAGAAGCCAGGUGGGAAAAAGGUUGCAGUUGUUCUGAUGGAUACCCAGGGGGCAUUUGACAGCCAAUCAACUGUGAAAGAUUGUGCUACGAUCUUUGCUCUAAGCACCAUGACUAGUUCUGUUCAGAUUUACAAUUUGUCCCAGAACAUUCAGGAAGAUGAUCUUCAGCAGCUACAGCUCUUCACAGAAUAUGGACGUCUGGCAAUGGAUGAAAUUUUCCAAAAACCCUUCCAGACUCUGAUGUUUUUGGUUCGAGACUGGAGUUUUCCUUAUGAAUAUAGCUAUGGACUGCAAGGAGGAAUGGCAUUUUUGGAUAAGCGUUUACAGGUGAAGGAACAUCAACAUGAAGAAAUUCAGAACGUUCGAAAUCAUAUUCACUCAUGUUUCUCGGAUGUUACCUGUUUUCUCUUACCACAUCCAGGGCUCCAGGUGGCCACAAGCCCUGACUUUGAUGGGAAAUUGAAAGAUAUUGCAAGUGAAUUCAAAGAGCAGUUGCAGGCACUGAUACCAUAUGUACUAAACCCAUCUAAGUUAAUGGAAAAGGAGAUCAAUGGCUCAAAAGUCACUUGCCGAGGACUGUUGGAAUAUUUUAAGGCAUAUAUUAAAAUUUACCAAGGAGAAGAUCUGCCUCACCCCAAAUCCAUGCUUCAGGCUACUGCUGAAGCCAAUAAUUUGGCAGCUGCAGCCUCUGCCAAAGACAUUUAUUACAGCAACAUGGAGGAGGUUUGUGGGGGAGAGAAACCUUAUUUGUCUCCAGACAUUUUAGAAGAGAAGCACCAAGAAUUCAAACAACUUGCUCUGGACCACUUUAAGAAGACCAAAAAGAUGGGCGGGAAGGAUUUCAGCUUCCGAUACCAGCAGGAGCUUGAGGAGGAAAUCAAGGAACUGUAUGAGAAUUUCUGCAAGCACAAUGGCAGCAAGAACGUCUUCAGCACCUUCCGAACCCCUGCAGUUCUGUUCACAGGCAUAGCAGCAUUGUACAUAGCCUCGGGCUUCACUGGCUUCAUUGGGCUUGAGGUUGUGGCCCAGCUGUUCAACUGUAUGGUUGGACUGCUGUUGAUAGCACUCCUUACCUGGGGGUACAUCAGGUAUUCUGGUCAGUAUCGUGAGCUGGGUGGAGCUAUUGACUCUGGUGCAGCAUAUGUGUUAGAGCAGGCUUCUUCUCAUAUUGGCAAUUCUACUCAGGCUGCAGUGAGGGAUGCCAUCGUUGGGAGGCCACCUACAGAUAAAAAAGCUCAAUAGCAAGACCCAACAAGAGCCCAGUCAGCCGCUGGAUUUCUGCUAAUGCCACCAUGGGUCCAGUUCCAGAGGAAUGGCCGAACUGAGAGCAUCCUGGAAGAGCUGAGACAGGGCACUGUAAUAAAUGAACCGACCUCUCCUGUGGUUUCCCGUUCCACUUGUCUUGGAAGCAGUUCUUUUUCUUGCUGUUACAAGCCCAAGGCUACUCUCUUCUCUGCUUUGUGCACUUUAAGGGGUGGGGGUGGGGGCGCAGCUUUUAAGUCUCUGAUGUGCCACAUAGUGCCUUUUAAGACAAUGCCUCUGCAGCCGUGAAGACUGAGGAAUGGAGGACAGCCUCAGGAAAUGCGGUUUUGGAUCGAGUUCUCUUUUGGAUUUUAGUUUUGUACCUUUGAAAAUUUAUUUUUCAAAUGUUUACAGAACUUGAAAAAGGCUCAGAACUAAAGGCCAACUGAAAUAAUACUUAUUACACUUAAACAAUUUCUCCCAGUACUGGUGAUUGAACCUAGUGCCUGACAUGCUAGACAAUUGCCCUAGCCUGGAGCUGUCCCCUAGCCUGCUUGACUGUGUAGUUUCAGGUCUUUAAAUUACUUUGUUUCCAGGUUGGCUGUGAGCUUCCCAUCUUCUUCCUCCCUCUCUAGCUUUUUUGAGUAGCUUGAAUAUAGACCUGUGCUACCAUCCAUCCUUCAGAAACCUUAUUUAUAUGAAUUAUCUUUGCUAUGCAACAUGGAAAAAAUUAAAUCAUUUAAUAAUCUGUGUUGGAGAAUAUAAGGUCUUUUAUAUAGGCUGGCAGUUUUGUUGAACUUGCUUUUUUACUUUUAUUCCUAUAGCUUCUUCCUAGAAAAGAGGUAAACAGUCCUUUAAAAGCCAGUGGUUCAUAAUAAAAGGUAUGAGUGAGAUACUUCAUGGUAAAAUUGUAGUUUGAAUUUGUCUUGGUCAGAUUCACUGCAUAUUUAUGUAUGUAUGUGUUACUUUUAAAAAUAGUUGUUUUUAGUGGAGAAAAGACAUUACCAAAUAUUACUUCUUUUAAUUAAUGUUCAGUUACAUAUUGCUUAGUGGUAAUACCAAAUAAUCUGAUCUAAAGUUUUUACUUUAGAUCAAACUUUAGUUUAAAACUGUAGUCAAACUUUUUAUUUUAUUUUUUUGGUGGUGGAGGUGGUGUCUGACUGUGUUGCACUGACUGGCCUGGAGUUUUUAAUACAGACCAGGCUAGCCUUGAACUCAUAGAGAUCCUUGUGCCUCUGUGUGCCACUGUGCUUGACCCCAAACUGCUUUUUAUUCUGUGAACUCUCUAAUGUUCAUAAUAUCAAAGCUAAACUGUUAAUGACUGACUUAAGGAUAGUUGCUCAGACUCUAAAAUUUCCUUUUUUACUUUUACCUCGAUUAUGUGAUAAAGUUUUAUCUUUUAGUUUUUUUCCCUUUGAUUUUGUAGUGGUGAAUUACUGUGGAUUUAAGCCUUAAAACAUGCCUACAGGUAUAGAAAUUGUAAUUUUUUUUAAAGGUAAUUUGAAAGUUUGUUUUGGGAAGGAGAUAGAAUGGUUUUGGCCAAAGCUAGUGUAAAUUUAUGUACAUGAAAUAUGAAUGGAAGGUAGAAAAAAAGGUAGAAAAAAAAGUCUUGUAUUUAAUUUCCAUAUCAGAAUUUUCUUCUAAGUUUUCUAAUCAAACAUUUAACAAAUCCUAAAUUAAUAUUAAGCAUUUUACAUAUUUUUCUAUUAUCUUGUCCUGAAGUUCAUAGUAAUUUUUCCUUUCGCUGUGCCAUCUGGGAACAAGCUUGUUUUGAAACUGUUACUGCUUGUGAGUGAUGGCUGACCUUGGAAGGGGUUGGAAGUUCAGUCCUGCAGCGUGCAGGGUUUUCAGGUAGUGUCCCCUGUGUGAAAGCUUGUACUGAGUGAUGGGUUCCCAGUGCUGAGAUUGGGUCUUGUUAUAUAGUCCAGGUUAGCCUAUAACUUUCUUUGUAGUUUAGUCUGGCCUUGUACCUAAGGUCUGCUAUCGCAGCUUUUCUGAGUACUGAGCUUAUAGGCGUGUCCCCAUGCCCAUCUCUGUUCUACGCUUUUUGUUUGUUUUGAUUUUUUUUUUUUUUUGAGACAGGAUUGCUCUGUGUAGUUUUGGAGCCUGUCCCUGGAACUAGCUCUGGCCUCUAACUCACAGAGAUCCACCUUCCUCUGCCUCCUGAGUGCAGGGAUUAAAAGCGUGCACCACCACCACCCGGCUGCCCAGCUCUACUCUAAAUGGUGAGAAAAGAUGAUAUGAGAAAGAUUUGCUGUAAUACUUCUAUAUUACAUCUGUGUAUGAGUUUAAGGUGAAUGUUCCGUUAAUUAACUUACUCUGCUUCUGGAACAUGUUUAUGAAGUUUUCUUUGAGCCGGGCGGUGGUGGCACACGACUUUAAUCCCAGCACGUGGGAGGCAGAGGGAGGUGGAUCUCUGUGAGUCUGAGCAACCUGGUCUACAAGAGCUAGUUCCAGGACAGGCUCCAAAGCUACAGAGAAACCCUGUCUCAAAAACCAAAAAAAAAAAAAGUUUUCUUUGAGGGUUCUUAGCUGUUUUCCUUGGCCUCUUUUCUAACUUUAAAUUGUUGACUUUCUAUCACAGUUUUUCAAUACAAAAUGUCUUUAAUGAAUGGCUAGAAAUAGUCCUGAGGAUAUUCAUAACUGGUGAAGGAUUCUGUUAGCACCUCCAGCCUUUUGUUUGUGGGUCAGGGACAUGGUAUAGGAAUCAGACUAGUGUCCCCUGGUCAGACCAUGCUUUCUGUGUGUGUGGUGUUAAUUUCUGCACUCCUGUCAAUAUGUGGAACACAUUCCUAUGAACAUAAUGGAGAUUUUCAUUAAAAAUAACUCACUUUAGAAGAAACUAAAUGUUGCCAAGAUAUCCUUGGUUUUGUUUUGGGGGCCCCAGGGCUGUGUGUAUGGCAGGCAUUUGCUCUAUCCACCGAGUCAAACACUUCAGUCUGCCUCUUACCAUCAAAUGGAUAGAAUCGCGCCUUUGAUUCUUCUGCUGAGAAGUCUCUCUCAUGAUUUAUCGCUUGCUGAUAAAUGUCAUACAUCCCUUUUGAAGAGUACCAAAAAUCUGUUUCAUGGAUGCUUGUAACUUCUCUUUUAUUUCUUUUCUUCUUCUCUCCCUCCACUCUUCUCUUUUCCUUUUUCUGUGCAGCUCCAGCCAGAUGUUUAUGUUUGAUACUUGCUUUAUCCUGGGUCAAGUUGCUGUGAAUGUUUGUGUUUAAUUUGCUUUCUCUCACUUGCUUAAGGCAGACAAGUGCAUAGGCACAAGCGUUGUGUUUUCUUUGCAGUUUCUUUAGGAGGUCACACACUGGUACCUAGGAUAUGUAAAUGAGAUAAAAAUUCGGUAGGUUAAUUUCAGCCUAAACCCCCAACCCCAAAAAAUUUCCCACCAAAAAAUAACAGGGAAGUAUCAAAAGAUCUAUUUUGUUGGUGCCUUUUUUUGAAAUGUAAUGAUGAGUUGGUUUUUCCAUCACGUGAAUACUUUUUUUUUUGUCAGGAACAAGGCCAUAAGCAAGCCUCAUCUAGCAAAAUAUUCCCUGUCCAGUGUGGUUGGUUGUAGUGGGAUACAGUUGUUUUCCUCAGGAACUGACUGUAGCUCUAUCUUGGACACUGGUUUCAUCUACCUUUUCAUGCUUUAGAUUAAUCUGUGGGGUGUAUUGAAAGAAGCAGACUCUGCUUUGUAUCUAGGGAUUGUUGCCGUGGUUUUGUCUGUACCCUGAGAUCCAUCUCUUACAAAUACCAGUAAGUGACUGGUGGGUGGGGGGAUAAAUGAGGGAGAAUAAACUGAUCUAGGAAUGGGAGUACCCAGACAGGAAGUGCCCUUUGCAUUUCGAGCAGAUGCCUGAGGUCUGCUGCCAGGUCUGCUCAUCGAGAGUUUACUAUGUUUAGAAUGAUCAGGGUGCCUUAAUUAGAGGACUGUCCAAACUUUUUAAAGCUGUCAUAGUGCCUUCUCUUAUAUACCUGCCCUCAUGCGCUAACAGGUGAUUAGGAUUUUUUUAAACAAAUGUUGAUAGUAUUCCCUCUCAUACUCUGAAGAAGCCAAGUUGGGCACUGCAACUUGAAUCCCUUAAUUUUUUGUUGUUUUGUUUUGAGAAAGGGGCUCAAUAUAUAUCCCUGGUUGUUCUGGAACUUACUGUAUAGACCAGGCUGGCCUUGAGCUCACAGAGAUGAGUCUGUCUCCUUUCGAAUCCUGAAAUCUUUUAUAUACAGAAAACCCUGAGGUACUAAUAUCAGUAAUGAACAAAGGAUGGGAUUGUAAGUAUGAAAGUAGUCAUUGUGCACCCCACAGCAGGAGCAUCACAAGGUAGCCCUUAUCAACAGACAGGCUUCCUAUGGGAAAGAAUUUCAUGUGCCAGAGUGCAAGUUUAAUGUUCAGACCAAGGGAAGGUCACAUUGAUGCCCAAACCUCUUUAGUUCAGGUCAUCAAAGGUGUUAUGGAUGUAAGCCUUAAAAGAGUUUAAUCUUGAACAUACACAAGGUAUCCUGAAUUUUACUUUAAAAAUGAAUUGUUAUAAGAACUUUUGCUAGAUCCUUGCCUUUGAAUGGCUUUAAAACAAUACAGAUUUCUGAAAUGCAGUGGGAAGCAAUGAUGCUGUUCUGUGUUAAAGGCACAUUUCCGUUUCUUUUCUGGGUUGUACAUUCAUUUAAUGGAUUAAAGAGCACAAUGCCAUGUUA